ACGCGGUUCUGCCGCUCGGCCGCCGUCCGCGGUGACGUGUUUCCAGAGCGACGGUGACGGCGAAGGCAGGAGAAGAUGGGUCAGAGCCAAAGUGGUGGUCACGGAGCUGGAGGUGGUAAGAAAGAUGACAAGGAUAAGAAGAAGAAGUACGAGCCACCGGUGCCAACGAGAGUGGGGAAGAAGAAGAAGAAAACCAAAGGGCCAGAUGCUGCCAGCAAGUUGCCCCUGGUGACCCCUCAUACACAGUGCCGUCUGAAAUUACUGAAACUGGAGCGGAUAAAAGAUUAUCUUCUAAUGGAAGAAGAGUUCAUCAGAAAUCAGGAACAAAUGAAACCACUUGAAGAGAAGCAAGAGGAGGAACGGUCGAAGGUGGACGACCUGAGAGGGACACCGAUGUCCGUGGGUACUCUGGAGGAAAUCAUCGAUGACAACCACGCCAUUGUAUCGACAUCCGUUGGCUCUGAGCAUUACGUCAGCAUUCUGUCAUUCGUGGAUAAAGAUCUGCUUGAGCCGGGCUGCUCCGUCCUACUCAACCAUAAGGUCCAUGCUGUGAUCGGAGUGCUGACUGACGAUACAGAUCCACUGGUGACUGUUAUGAAAGUUGAGAAGGCUCCACAGGAGACUUACGCUGACAUUGGUGGAUUGGACAAUCAGAUCCAGGAAAUCAAGGAAUCUGUAGAACUUCCGCUCACCCAUCCUGAGUAUUAUGAGGAAAUGGGAAUUAAGCCGCCUAAAGGAGUAAUUCUGUAUGGUGCACCUGGUACAGGUAAGACUCUGUUGGCUAAGGCCGUAGCAAAUCAAACGUCGGCCACGUUCCUGCGAGUGGUUGGCUCGGAGCUCAUCCAGAAGUACCUGGGGGAUGGGCCAAAGCUUGUGCGUGAGCUGUUCCGGGUUGCAGAAGAGCACGCACCCUCCAUCGUGUUCAUCGAUGAGAUCGACGCCAUCGGCACAAAAAGGUACGAUUCCAAUUCUGGUGGUGAACGGGAGAUCCAGAGAACCAUGUUGGAGCUGCUUAACCAGCUGGACGGCUUUGACUCUCGGGGCGACGUGAAAGUGAUCAUGGCCACAAACAGAAUAGAAACCCUGGACCCAGCUCUCAUCAGGCCAGGAAGGAUUGAUCGUAAGAUUGAAUUCCCUCUCCCAGAUGAAAAGACAAAGCGACGAAUCUUCCAGAUCCACACAAGUAGAAUGACAGUGGCGCAAGAUGUGAGUCUGGAUGAAUUGAUCCUGGCCAAAGAUGACCUAUCUGGGGCAGAUAUUAAGGCAAUCUGUACAGAAGCUGGUCUGAUGGCCCUUCGGGAACGAAGGAUGAAAGUAACCAACGAAGACUUCAAGAAGUCAAAAGAGAACGUUUUGUACAAGAAGCAGGAGGGCACGCCCGAAGGACUUUACCUUUAACCUGAAAAUUCCCUGCAUAAACUUUCCCACUUCCCUUCUGGAGAAAUCUUUCGAGGCUUUUUCAGGAGCAGUAGUCUGGGGACGGAGCUUCUGGUUCUCGAUGUUUGUUUGCAUAACUUUCUUCACCUCCCUGUAAGUCGUAUCUUAAUAAAUAAAGUGUAAACUGUA